UCUCGCGCAGCAGCGCAGUUCGCUCCGGGGAUCCACGCCGCUCGCACGUAUUUCAUUUCGCACGAGAGAGAACUCUCUCCGCAAGAUAUGCCGCCCGCCCUCUAGUUCGCCCCGUACUAUCGUCUCGCACGCACACGUGGACAUUCGCCCUCGACUAGCGCUCUGCACUUGCGUAAAGCUCUUGUGAACGAAUCGGUAUACCUGUAUACAGUCGUGCGGGUGUAUAAUUGACAGGGGAGAUACAGGGGAGCAGCAGGUGUGCGUCGCGAUCGACGCAGAGAGAAUAAGAAACGGAUCGUACAGCCGACACUUGAGACUUCGUCAGCGACGAGGCAUCCGAGGAAGCAGCAGCAUCAAGCAGCCAGUGCGCUAUUCGUUACAGAUAAGCCGUCAAAGUGUCAUGAGAGGCAGUUUUACAACGAUCCGCCCUUAUCGUCGGCCCCUUCUAGAGUCAUGCAUGUCGCGCCCCUCAAACGAGCCGUCCCACAUCAUGGAGCAGAAUCAGGCCCUCAAGGCAUCGUCAGCGUCAGUAAUCAGCAGCCUGCAGUACCCGAACGAGCGUCAGUCGCGUCAGGAGAGCCACAGCCGAGCAGCAAUCUGCGCAUGCGCAACAACUGCUGGCCCAAAGCAGGCCAGGAGCAAGAGGGCCCAGCCUCAAGCUUCCUCCAAGAACAGCAGCAGCAGCAGCAGCAGCAACAGCAGCAGCAGCAGCAGCCGAACUUCGGCGGCGGCCCUCUGGGCAAUGACCAAGACGGGAGUGGAGGGUGCCGAGGGCUGGAGGGGCAGGACCCAGAGAAGGACGACCCUGUUCACCUCAAGAGACGGGUGGGACUCGUCAGUGGGGUGGCUCUAAUCGUCGGGACUAUGAUCGGCUCGGGAAUUUUCGUAUCGCCUUCCGGUCUCUUGGUACGAACCGGCAGCGUUGGCAUGAGCUUCAUCGUGUGGACGGGCUGCGGCCUGCUGAGCCUCUGCGGCGCCCUGGCCUACGCGGAGCUCGGCACGAUGAACACGAGCAGCGGCGCCGAGUACGCCUACUUCAUGGACGCGUUCGGCGCACCGCCGGCCUUCCUCUUCUCCUGGGUCUCGACCCUCGUGCUCAAGCCCUCGCAGAUGGCCAUAAUCUGCCUGUCGUUCGCCCAGUACGCGGCCGAGGCCUUCGCCGAGGAGUGCGACCCGCCCCCCCAGGUGGUCAAGCUCGUCGCCCUCCUGGCCAUCGUCCUCAUCCUCUUGGUCAACUGCUACAGCGUGAACCUCGCCACGGGGGUCCAGAACGCCUUCACCGCCGGCAAGCUCAUCGCCAUCCUCGUCAUCGUCGCCGGCGGAAGUUACAAGCUUAUACAGGGCAACACGCAGCACCUGCACCAGCCGUUCCGCAACAUCGAGGAGUCCCAGGGCGAGACGGUCAAGGCCGUCUUCAACAUCGGCAAACUGGCCACCGCCUUCUACACCGGCCUCUGGGCCUACGACGGAUGGAACAACCUCAACUACGUCACCGAGGAGAUCAAGGAUCCCUCCAAGAACCUGCCGAGGUCCAUCAUGAUCGGUAUACCUCUGGUCACCCUCUGCUACGCUCUCAUCAACGUCUCCUAUCUGGCGGUCAUGUCGCCGAUCGAGAUGAUCGACAGCGAAGCCGUUGCCGUCACCUUCGGCAACCGGAUCCUCGGCGCGAUGGCCUGGCUGAUGCCGUUAUCGGUGGCGGUGAGCACCUUCGGCUCGGCCAACGGUACGCUCUUCGCCGCCGGGCGACUCUGCUUCGCUGCGUCCCGUCAGGGCCACCUCAUGGACUGUCUGAGCUACGUGCACGUGCGCCGCUUCACCCCGGCACCCGGUCUGAUCUUCCACUCGCUGGUGGCCGGUGCCAUGGUGCUGUCCGGCAGCAUAGACUCGCUCAUCGACUUCUUCUCCUUCACCGCCUGGAUAUUCUACGGCGGCGCGAUGCUCGCCCUGCUGGUCAUGCGGCGCACUCGGCCGAACCACCCGAGGCCCUACAGGUGUCCCCUGCUCAUACCGGUCCUCGUGCUGCUCAUCUCGAUCUACCUGAUCGUCGCGCCGAUCAUCGAGAAGCCGCAGAUCGAGUACCUCUACGCGGCCGGCUUCAUCGCCGCCGGUAUGCUCUUCUACCUCCCGUUCGUCAAGUACGGAUACGUUCCAAAGUUUAUGGAAGGAGUAAACGCUUUUCUUCAAGUGCUUCUCGAGGUGGCGCCAACGGCCGCCGCCUUCGACUAGAAAUAUAUGACAACGCUAUAUAUGACGCUAUAUGACAACAACAACAGACGUGUAUACAACGAUACCGAUACGAUACCGAUAUAUACCUUUACUAUACCGAUCAUUUAUUGUCGUCGUGAUAUAAUACGUACACCGCUUGGUCCUACACGAGAUACGCGUUGUUAUACGGCGUUUGUGCGCGGAGGAGAAAGGCUUUGGACAUAAUUUUACAAGGAAAUACACUAUAUACUAUGAGAGAGAGAGAGAGAGAGAGAGAGAGAUGUUAUAUAUUAUAUGUGUGUGUAUAAUACACAUGUGCGACGUUGGGGCACGCGAGAUGGGAGGAUGGGCGCCAAAACGAAGAUAAACAAACAAAACUGAUGUGUCUGUUAUAGAACGACUAGAGAGAAUACAGAUUUUACAGAGACAUUAUUUUAUUACUUGUUGUUUAUUGGUUACAUACAUAUAUACAUAUACAUAUAUAUAUUAUAAUACACAUAGUGUAUAUUGUACUGCGGCAAGAUGCAAAGAAAAAGAUGAUAUGCUUGUAACGAGAAUUUAUUGUUCCGAUGAAAUGAUGAGAAAUAAAAGAUUUUAUGCUGAAUCUAUA